CGGAGUAUAACAGCUGAUUUUUGUGCCUAGCGUUGCUCACACAUGGAGGCUGAUCGGCGGGUGUUCAGAAGUGCAAUUUGAUUUGCAAUAAAACGAACUGAAAUGACAUGCUACAAGUUAGAGAUUUUUAGAGAGCUUUUGAAAACAACUGGAUGAAAGCACCAAUUUCCAGACGGCGCUUUUGUUUUUUUUGGAAGAAUGCCUGGUGGAAGUACGAGGCCACACCGUGGUAGGCGGCCUAGACGAAGUGCCGGAGCCCAAGCUGCCAGGAAUGAACUUGUCUCCCAGUCUCUAGAAAGUGCUCAGCAGUGUCUGGUGAAUCGGGAUUAUGGGACUGCAUUUGCCCAUUACCUUCUGGUGCUCAGUCUGGCACCAGCUCUGAAAGAUUUUGUCAAAGAAAGUUUUCGAUUCACUCUCUUCAAAUGGGCUGAUGUUUUGGGCUCCUUAAGUCGCAUACAGGAUUUGUUUGAUUGCUACGAGCAAGCACUUGAGCUCUUUCCAGACGAUGAAGUUAUUUUGAACAGCAUGGGAGAACAUCUUUUCAGAAUGGGUUUUAAGGAUGAAGCAGCGGGUCAUUUUUACAAAGCUCUGAAACUGAAACCAGACUUCACUGAAGCCAAAGAGAAUUUUUAUCGAGUUGCAAAUUGGUUAGUUGAGCGCUGGCACUUUCUAAUGCUAAAUGACAAGAAAAGGAAUAUGAAAUACCAACAAGCCAUUCAGAAGGCGGUGAAGGCUGGUUGUGACACUGUCCUUGAUAUUGGCACUGGAACAGGACUCCUCAGCAUGUUUGCAAAAAAAGCUGGUGCUUCAAAAGUAUAUGCUUGUGAGUUAUCUAAAACCAUGUAUGAACUUGCUUGUGAAGUGGUGUCUGCCAAUGAAAUGGAAGGAGAAAUUGACGUUAUGCACAUCAAAUCUCUGGAUAUGGAAAUACCCAAACAUAUACCCAGCAGGGUGUCUUUGGUUGUGACAGAAACGGUGGAUGCAGGGCUGUUUGGUGAAGGAAUUGUGGAAAGUUUAGUUCAUGCAUGGAAACAUUUGCUUUUACCUUCGCAGGGUCAGAUGGGCUGUUCCGGUCAGGUGGGCCGAGUUAUUCCAGCUAUGGCUACAGUGUUUGGCAUGGCAGUGGAAUGUCCAGAGAUAAGGAGGCAUCAUAGGGUUGGUGUGCAGCAAGUAGGGGGAGUGUGUUUGGAAGGAGCUGUGUGUCUUCACGGUCCAGUUAACUACAACAGUGACGAUGGCGACUCUGAAGAACCGUACACCACCGAGAGAAUGAGUCGAGUGCCUGGAGGGUACACCCCUCUGAGUGAACCUUUUCAGGUUAUGACGGUCAAUUUCAACAAACCAGAGGAGCUUGAAGGCCUUUGCUGUCAAAAACCGUAUAGGAUCACUGUGCCAGUGUCCAAAUCUGGCAUUUUUGAUGCCAUCAUUUCAUGGUUUGUUCUUCAUUUGGAUGAAGAGACCAGCCUUUCAACGGGACCCGAGGAAGAGACGUGCUGGGAGCAGGCAGUGUAUCCUGUACGUAAUAGUCCUCUUAAUAAAUCAGAAUAUUUGGUUCAACCCAAAGACAGCUUCAUUGUGGAGGUCUCCUGCCAGGACGCAUAUUUAAGAAUCGGUAGCAUUUCUUUCAUAAAGGAGGGACCUCAAACAAACGUGGACAACGCAGGCACCUCUGAAGCAGAACUGUGCAGUGCCUUAGCCAGCCUUCAGACGACCCAAGCAAGAACUCCACAGCCCCCUUGCAUCCUGGAGUCGUCUGAAAUAGCUUUGCUUAAUAAUUUGCACUACCAUGACGGCUUUAAAAGAGCCCUGGGAAAACUCGUGUCCUCUCUGAGUGCACGAUGUGAAUCGCAGGGCCGCACGCUGGAUGCCAAUUCGAGCAGAGACUGUGGGAAAAGUCAGACGGAGCAGCGCUCAAGUGUGACCCCCGACCCUUUGUAUGUUCUGGAUGUCUCGGAGGGUUUCUCUGUUCUCUCUUUGAUUGCUGCUAAACUUGGGCGAGUGAAGGCUUACAGCUCCGUAGAGAAAGAGCAGCACCAAACGGCACUGAAGAUUUUAGCAGAGGCUAACGGAGUCUCAAGAGAAAUGCUUCAGUUUUGGAUGAGUCACCUCGAGGAAGACACGGCCAUCCUGCAGAGGCCCACGACGGACAAGCUGUGGAGCGCCGUCAUUUUGGACUGUGUGGAAACCAGCGGCCUCAUUCGGGAAGAACUGUUGGAGAAGGCUGCUUUGGCCAGGUGCUUACUGGAACCCGGUGGUCGCAUUUUCCCUGAACGGAUAGUGAUGUACGGGAUGUUGGUGGACUCUUAUGUCCUGCUGCAGGAAAGUGCCGUCCAAGGCCCAGAGCCAACUCUCGGGUUGCGUGUUGCACCUUACAUAAACCGCUUCACUGUACCGGUUCACAUCUUUGUGGAUUUAACAACGCUGCCAUCUGUCCACCUUAGUCAACCAGUAGAGCUCUUCUCCCUGGACCUGAUGUAUCCUGGCUCGAACUGCAGAAGCAGAGAAGUCACGGUGCGAGUCUGUGCUCCCGGACGAGUGACCGCGGUGCCCUUCUGGUACGACGUCCACCUCGAUGACGAAAUCUGCUCGAGCACGUUGGCCAAGGACUCCCACUGGAAGCAAGCGGCCGCCCUCCUGAACGAGCCCAUCCAAGUGCGAGAAGGUGACCGCGUCGUGCUGUGUGUUUGCCACCAUAAGAGCAGCAUCUCGAUCACGGCUCGGCGGCAGGAGACCGGAGACCCUGGAGGAGCAUUUCUGUAGAACCAUUUACGUACAGAAUUGCAAGAAACCAUUGCCUGCACUGGGCAGCAGCAGGUGGGAGUCAGAAACAAGCCCUGGACAGGAUGGCAGUCCAUAUCCCCUCUGCCGUGCUUUGUGAUUACCAGGAUGUAACGCAGCUGGGAAGAUGGCUUCUGCUAUGCACCUGCAGAAAGACAGAUCUGCACUUUCCUAGAACACCCAAGGAAACUGAGGCAUUGUUGGUCCUUGAGAAUACCUGACUAAUGCUCUCUUCCCACUUCAGCUCAUCAGUGAUAAUCAAUCCAAGAAAAUGACAGCUGCUCACUCUCUCAACAGCAUCCCCCUCCAAAGUAAAAGGAAGUGUCUGGUCUAGCUUCUGCUUCCUGACGUUAAGGGGGAGGUUGUUGUCACAGCACCUUUAAACCUCUUCUCUGUCAUUGUUGGUCAUCUGCAAAAUUUAAUGAUGGAGCUGGAGCUUUGCCUGACCACGAAGUGAGAGGUAAACAAGAAGCACACACGGGAGGGCUCAGCACCCUACCCUCUGGGAUGUCUGCAUGGAGAAUGUGAUGCUGCCAAUCUGCACAUACUGAUGUCUAAUGGGUAAGGAGUCCAAUACCCAGUUACAGAAAAUGGCGCUAAAUCAUAUACAGUAAACCCUUGGAUUGCGAGUAACUUGGUCUGCAAGUGUUUUGUAAGACAAGCAAAAAUUUGUAAUAAAUUUUAACUCGAUAAACGAGCAAGGUCCUGCAAUACGAGUCGAACGUAUGCGCUUUCUCUGCCGAGUGUCACAUGAUCACAAACUGAGCCGAUGGUGGUUCUCUCUCUCUCGCUGCGGGAUUGUGGGUAAUCAUCUCCCAUGCUCGGUCUCAGUCACUUUAAACAAAUCCAAAUCAAAUCAUAUAGAUAUCAUCUACUGUUAAAUUCUGCUCCAUACUUGUAAUACUAUUUUUAUAUUGUAUUGAGAAUUACUUGUUUUCUGUUCUGUGUAUUGUAUUGACCCCCUUUUUCUUUUUGACACCCACUGCACACCCAAACCACCUGGAAAGGGGUCUCCCUUUGAACUGCCUUUCCCAAGGUUUCUUUCAAAUUUUUGGCGGUUGGGGGGGUGGUUCCUUGUCUUCUUAGAGAGUCAAGGCUGGGGGGCUGUCAAGAGGCAGGGCCUGUUAAAGCCCAUUGCGGCACUUCUUGUGUGAUUUUGGGCUAUACAAAAAUAAAUUGUAUUGUAUAGUCAACAUCCGUACGAGCGUAUACUAUUUACUGUAGCAUUGUGACCACGUGUGUGUGCGUAAAUCAUUUUUUUAUUUUGUGUCCAAGUGUAUUAACACUAGAAUUACCAAAGCCUACGAAAAAACUCAUAAAUCCAUCCCACCUUAAAUCCCUUCGCACCUCUCCGUCAGCAUCUUUUGUCUUGUAGAUGUGUGUGACGGCAAAAGUGUGACGUGCAUUCUUUCUCCAAUGUAGAACCCUCAACUGAGUUCACCUCUGCUAUAGCACGUCUUUAAGUGAAAACAGCAGUGUCAGAUCGUCGUUAGGGGUGUGAACGUAACUGGGAGAAUAAAAUUGAAUAAAAUAAACAAAGCUAACCUUUACAAGUACCAUACAUUUACACCGGCUGUUAGACUCAAAUCAAAUGUAUGUUUUUAUUCUAAAAUAGUAGUAAUAAGAGCAGUUCACUUCUCAAAACGGAGUCAUGCGGGAUCGAACUCGGGACCUAAUGAUUAGCAGUCGUCAGUUCUUACCGUUGUGCCACCAAAGCAGUCAUAUUAAAGACGUGUCAAUGUCGCACCCUAACGCGGGUUCUUUUUCUGUAGUUAUAUUCUUGAAUAAAAGCACACUUG